AUGGAGGGGCAGCGGGCCCUAGAGGCCGCCCGGGAAGGGGACCUGGCCACCUUAGAGCUGCUGCUGGAGGCUGGAGCCCUCGGCCCAGGCAUCACGGACACCCUGGGGGCCGGCCUGGUGCACCAUGCCUCUCGGGCCGGCCACCUGGACUGCGUUAAGUUCCUGGUGCAGCGGGCCAAACUGCCCGGCACCCAGCGGGCCCACAAUGGGGCCACGCCAGUGCAUGAUGCAGCUGCCACGGGCGGUCUGGCAGAGCUGUGCUGGCUCGUCCGUGAUGGGGGCUGCGGUCUGCAGGACCAGGAUGACUCAGGCGUCUCCCCACUGCACCUGGCCGCCCGCUUCGCACACCCCACGCUAGUGGAGUGGCUACUGCAGGAGGGCCAUUCAGCCACGCUGGAGACUCGGGAGGGUGCCUUGCCACUGCACCAUGCAGCUGCCAGUGGGAACCUGACCUGCCUGAAGCUCCUGGUGGCUGCCCACAGCAGUGGUGUGAACCGGCAGACCCGCAGUGGCGCCUCACCGCUCUACCUGGCCUGCCAGGAGGGCCACCUGCACCUGGCUCAGUUCCUGGUGAAGGACUGCGGGGCUGACGUGCACCUGCGGGCCCUCGACGGCAUGAGCCCACUGCAUGCCGCAGCCGCCCACGGCCACUACUCACUCGUCGUCUGGCUGGUGACAUUCACUGACAGCGGCCUGAUGGCACGGGACAACGAGGGGGCCACCGCCCUGCAUUUUGCCGCUCGUGGUGGCCACACGCCCAUUCUGGACCGGCUGCUGCUCAUGGGUGCUCCCAUCCUGAGAGACUGCUGGGGUGGGACACCCCUCCACGACGCCGCCGAGAACGGGCACCUGGAGUCCUGCCAGACCCUGGUGUCCCAUCACGUGGACCCUUCCCUGCGGGAUGAAGACGGCUACACGGCGGCCGACCUGGCAGAGUACCACGGUCACCGGGACUGUGCCCAGUUCCUGUGGGAGAUGGCCCGGCCGGUGCCCCUGCUGAUGGCACCGCCACCCCCACCAUUCCCCCCUCCUCCACUGUCUGCUGCGAGGCAUUCCCUGGAGGAUGAGAGAAGAGGAGGUACAAGGGUCGGGAGCCCCACCCCAGCAUCUCUCAGCCCGACCUGGCCUGCUCAGCCCCUGCCGAGGGAACAGCCCACCUGCCUGGCCCCGCCGAGGGUCGCCACCAGCAGCCCAGCUUCCUGCAUGGGGCCUGAGAUACCAACACCGGAAGUCCCUGAAGGCCUGGCCCUGCUGCAGCUGGGCGAGCUGCCCCCAGGCGACCUGGACGGGCUGGUGCCCACACAGGACGAGCGUGGCCAGCCCAUCCCCGAGUGGAAACGGCAGGUGAUGGUGCGGAAGCUGCAGGCCCGCCUGGGAGCCGACCUGGAGCCCCAGGCCCAGGACAAUGGCAGCAUGGACGGGAGCCCAGGCCCCACAGCGCGGGCCACCUGGCGGUACUCGCAGACGCACCAGGCCAUCCUGGGCCCCUUCGGGGAGCUGUUAACAGAGGACGACCUGGUCUACCUGGAGAAGCAGAUCGCCGACCUGCAGCUGCGGCGCCGCUGUCAGGAAUACGAGAGCGAGCUGGGCCGGCUGGCGGCCGAGCUGCAGGCCCUGCUGCCGGAGCCCCUGGUCAGCAUCACCGUCAACAGCCACUUCCUGCCCCGGGCGCCAGGCCUGGAGGGGGAGGAGGCCACAACCCCGGCCCCUGUGUCCCAGGGCCCUGCGGAGGCCGCCGAAGCCACACCGGGUGGGCAGCCCCUUCCCGUCUGGUGCAGCCACAUCAGCCGCCUUGUACGCAGCCUGUCCCUGCUGCUGAAGGGUGUGAAUGGGCUAGUGCAGGGUGAGGAGAAGCCAGACCCGGGGGCCCCACCGCACCCCAGCAGGGAGGGGUCAGCCAGCGCCCCUCGCAGCGAGGCCCAGCGUGAGAUCCGGGAGUGGGGCGUGUCAGUGCAGACGCUGCGUGGCAACUUUGAGUUGGUGCCGCUCGGCCCACUGCACACCUGCAGCCCAGGUGCCUGCGAGCGGGGGGCCCAGCCCAGGCAAUGCCCGGGAGGCUGCUGGGCGGCCCCUCCGCAGCCUCACGGUGGGCCCAUGCGAGCAGAGCCACGGGCAGGGGAUGCGGAGGAGGCCAGCGACUCGGGCAUCAGCUGCGAGGAGGCCCCGUGGGAGGCAGGCGCUGGGUCGGGCCCCAACACGGCCAGUCUGCGCAAGGAACGCAUCGUCACGCUCUUCCUGAGCCACUGGAAGAGCUCGGCCUACACGCCGGCCCUCAAGACGGCGGCCUGCAGGACCCUGGAAGCCCGCCGCGCCGGGCCGCGGGGUCCACAGGUGGCCGGAAACCUGCCAGAGCCCCCGCCCCCUGGCGAGGGUCCCCGGCUGGGGCACCUGUGGCAGCAGCGGGGCAUCAUCGCACACUUGCUGGGCACCUGGAAGGCCAUCUUGGCGCGUGUGCCGGCCCGGCAGCUGCGGCGGCUGAGCCGACGGCCCCUUGGGCUCCUGUCCCCGGAGCAGUUCCUGCCCCACGUGGACGGGGCGCCCGUGCCCUACGGCAGCCUCUCGCUGGACCUCUUCAUGCUCGGCUACUUCCAGCUGCUGGAGUGCGACCUGCCAGCCGCGGAGCGCAGGACGCGCCACCUGCUGUGCUUCGAGGUCUUCGAGCACCUGGGCGCCCACGGCUGGGAGGCGGUGCGGGCCUUCCAUAAGGCGGUGACGGAUGAGGUGGCUGCUGGCCGCAGGGCCUGGGCCGAUGGCUUUGAGGACAUCAAAGCCCGCUUCUUUGGCUCCAGCCGGGGGCCGGGCUGGGACAACACGGAUCCCGGCCACAAGUCAGGCCUCAAGGCCCCGGGGCCGCGGCCCUCCUCGGCCGUGCCCGGCCAGGGCCCCGAGCCGGCACAGUGGCCAGCAUCUGACACACCCCAGGGCAGCUUCAACAGCGAGGACAUCUGUGGCUACAUCGACCGGAGCUUCGCCUUCUGGAAGGAGAAGGAGGCUGAGAUGUUCAGCUCUGGGGAGUGA